AUGAGCGUCACGAAGCCUCUGGGCUCAUGCCUGCUCGGCCUCCUGUUCGCUCUGUUUGCGGUCAUGGCAUCCGGCCAGACAUCCGACACACCCGCGCUCCUAAUCUACAACUCGUCCGCCACCUACCACUACGUCGGGUGCUGGAACGAGACCACCGGCAUCGCGGGUACGUCCGGGGCGCGUGCGCUGCCGGACCGCUCGCUGGAACAACCGGGCACCAUGACCGUCGAGACCUGCCUGGACUUCUGCGCGCACAACCAGAGCUCGGCAUAUAAGUAUGCCGGUCUCGAGUACAGCCGGCAGUGCUGGUGCGCCAACCGGAUAAGCAGCCUGAGCACGAGGCUCGAGGAUGCGGCAUGUGACACGCAGUGCGACGGGAACACGACGGAGGCCUGCGGGGGGCAUUGA